AGAGCUGGCCUCGAUGAACAUUGCCGCUCGCAUGUUUACCAACCGGUCUGGCGUGUCCGUGCGGUGAGGGGGAGGAAAGAUGACUAUCCGUGUACAUCAGAUUCUUCUCUUCUGUGGUAUCUCUUCCGUCUUCUGGUGUUUCUAUGCCUUUUAUUUCUCUCUCCCUCUCCGUUUCCUUUCCCCCUUGUUUUUUUUUUCCUAAUAAUUCUCCACCCCCCAAAACGUGUGAUAUCAACCGAAGACCAGACCGAUUCGGCAUUUUCCGGCGUACAGAGGACCAGAGGUUUAUGAUUUUGAUUCGAGCUUCUAUAUAUUGUUAUUUAUUUUUUUUUUCUUUCCUCCCUUCUUUCCCUUUUUCUUUUGCUGGCCAUGGUUGGAGGAAUGGCUGGUGUAAGCAACGAUGUACUUGGAUGAUGAUGAUUUGUCCCUACGGAAUCGAAUCGAAAUUGGAUCUAGAGAAGCAGACGAAGAAGAGGGGUAAAAGAUGUCAUGGCAAUUCUGCACGUAAGAGCCGGCCAUGACAGGGUCCUAAUUGGGGCAGAUGCUGCAUGGUGUGUAUUUGUAGUGGAGAGUCAGUGUGUAGAGU